AUGCAAAUUAAUGGGAUGGAGGAGGGUUGAAGUGGAUGCAGUUCUAGUCGGAUUUUGGUUCUAAGCUUAGUUUCUUAUAUCUAAUCAAAUAUAGAAAUUGGACUUUAAGCUUCCCGUUGAUUCAUGAUUGAUUAUGUUCUGUGAUUGCGGCAUCUGAAUAAUCUAUAAUUUGCUUUCAGUGAGAUGAUCUUACAUUGUAACUUAUAGUGUUUCCAACAUGAACAGCUGGGAGACUGCCUGUGACUUGGUAUCCCGAGUCAUUCAGUAAUGUCCCAAUGAAUGACAUGAGCAUGAGGGCAGAUCCCUCCCGCGGUUAUCCUGGAAGAACGUAUCGGUUUUACACGGGGGACACAGUUUACAAAUUUGGACAUGGACUAAGCUAUACAAAUUUUACUCUUGAGUUCUUAUCAGCACCUAGCAGAUUAAGCCUAUCUACUAGAUCCAGCGUGACGAAAUUUAGGAGCAUUCUCAACUUGAGGGGCAAUGAACCCCAAUUUGUUCUUGUGGAUGAAGUCUUAAACUGUGAGUUGUUAAGUUUCUCAGUGAAGAUUUCUUUGACGAAUGAUGGAGACAUGGAUGGAAGCUGUGUGGUGAUGUUAUUUUCUCGAGUGUCGUCUCGCGUUAUUGAAGGAGCUCCGCAGAAACAGUUGAUUGGAUUUGAUCGAGUCCAUGUCUCUGCAAACGAGACUGCUGAAACAAGCAUCUUUAUCAACCCUUGCGAGCAUCUCAGCUUUGGGAAUGAGGAAGGGAAGAGAAUACUGCCCUUGGGUGACCAUACCCUUGUCUUAGAAGGGAUAGAGCAUGUCAUUUCCAUUGAGAUAUGAUAUGAUUAAGAAGAAAUGUUAAGAAAACUGGAAGCAGAUUCAAAUUUGGAACAUGGCCUAAACCUACAAACUCAAAAUAGGACGACGAUGGACCUCUGGGCGCCAAGGAGAUCCUCCCAAACAACCAACCCUAUGAAACUCCCAUGGCAACUCCAACUACUGUUACACUGUGUAAACCAUACUCUUUACACUAAAGCUUUGAGUAACAUAACUGUGUGAAUUAUGCGUGGGGUACCACUUUUGACACCAACUUACUUACAGACAUGCAUAGACACGAAAUAGUGCCAAAUGUUGUAAUGUCUGCAAGAAGGUUAGUGUCAAAAGUGGUGUUAAAAGUGGUGUAUAUAAGUAGGUUUUUAUGUGAAAGUACGGACCUUUGGCAGGAGUACAUUGAUUGCUACUUGAAGUCUUGGGUUUUUAGAUCUUUUUGUUGACUUUUUUUUUGUGUGUCAAUCUUUUUGUUCUUGUUAAUAAUAUGCUUGCAAUUGA